AUGGCCAGCAGACAAACAGUCGUGUUCCUCGUGGCAGUGGUGAUCUCCCUGUCAGACUUCAUUCAUAGCUUCCAACCCCUCUUCUCACCUGAUGGUAAUUCAAGCACUCACCGUGACAUCACACUGAGGGCUGUCCUCAGAAAGACAGCUGAGGUCUGCCGAGUGAUGGCUGCUUCGGAGGGACGGGACUUCCGCCUGACUAUUGAUGACAGCCUGUCAACUGAUAAGGUGCAAAGGGCCUGUUCUACGACAGGUACCUUCACCUCUCUCCUCUCAACUGUCCUUUUCCAAACGUCCAUCGCCAAUAUGUACUUCAGCAACGCAAAAGUGGACGUGGUUUUUGCGCUGAGUGAGAAGCAUCAUUUUGAUGAUGAGACCUUUCAAGGCGGACGGGAUGUCAUCACAGCAGGUGUGGCUGCUGUGAAGGCUAGUGUGAAGCAGGAGAGCUUCGUCGCAGGGAGGUGGAAUCUUGGACAAGUCUUUCACACCCUACAGGACUUUUACAGCCACAGUAACUGGGUGGAGCUGGGGAACAAAAGUCCUUACAGCACUCUGAUCAGCCCAGAUCAACCUCUUGAAAACCUGGCAGGCCUAAGUGUUCCCACCUGUAGAAACUGUACUGGAGGAACAUGUGAGAACAACCUUCUUCCUGACCUGCUGCAGCAAGGGCUUCUCACCUCAGGCUACUUCAACCUCUUCUCUCCAGCAAAACCUACAGGCAAAUGCAGCCACGGUGGAUCAUUUGACCGGACAAGCAGAAAAGACCCAGUGGGGGGCAUCAAUAAGGACGACCUUGGGUCCAGUCAUGGCUCACUUCACCCAAAAGCAGCUGAUUUGGCUGUGAAUGCCACUAUGGAGCUACUAGAGGACGUCAGAGUAGCAGUGGGAGACAAGAACUUCCUGCGGUAUGGGCCACCAACACCUUAA